AGCUGGGUCGCUCUGCCAUGGCUGUGGCGGCCUUGUGUCUCUUCGUGGAAUACGCCUGGAGCUGCGCUGCAGUGGCGGUGGAUUGGUCCGGCAAAGUGCUGCGGGACUUCCAUGGGCUCCCAGAGGUCACAGUGGUCGACUACCCUGCAGUCCUGCUAGUGCUAUUCUGCACCCUCUUGUUGGCUAAUGGCACCAGGGCAUCCAAAGUCUUCACCAAUGUUAGCACAGCUGUGAAACUUGCUCUGAUCCUCUUCAUGAUCACUACGGCACUCGCAGCCUUCGAUGCUCAGAACUUGCAACCCUUCAUCCCUGAGGACUACGGUCUUGCAGGAGUCUUGCGGGGCGCCACCGACUCCUUCUUUGGAUUCCUGGGUUUCGAUGCGGUCUGUGCGCUGGCCACUGAGACCAAGGAUGCUCGACGGGUGGUUCCCAUGGCGCUGUUUCUGGGCUUAGUGAUCUCUGGUGGCCUUACCUGUUUGGCAGGUUUCGCCUUGGUUUCCUGCGUGGCGGCGCCUUCGAUUGACCCCAGCGCCGGCUUCGUGUCGGCCUUCGAGCGCUUGCAGCUGGAGCUCCAAGCGCGGGUGGUCGCGGUGGGGGAGUUGUUGGUCCUUCCAGUGGUGGCCUUUGGAUGUUUGCUCCCCUUGGGCCGAUUGCUGUGCUGCCUCGCCGAGGACGACUUCCUUCCCUCCGUCCUGGCACGGCGUCGGGAUUCAAGCAGCGAGCCGUUGCUUUGCACCCUGCUGGGUGGAGCGGUCACCGCCAUCUGUGCGGGGCUGGUGCCCUUUGAGGAUUUGAACGACAUUUGCAGCGCAGCGGUCCUCACGUGUUUCAUCUUGGCGUCUGUGUCGGCGGUCACGGCACGGCAGUCGCCAGGCGUGCAGCAAGCUGAGUUGCGUUCAUUGCUGGGCUCCUUCGUGGCAUGUAGCUUCGGGUCGCUGCUGCUCCUCUCGCCCCACUGGACCUCCGAGGCUGCCCUGGCCCCAACGCUGCUGGCCGCGCUGUCAGCGCUUGGGCUCCGGGGCUUCGAGGCCGUUGCCUUUCCCUUGGCGCUGGCGGCUGUGACGUGUGCCUUGCAGAUCCAGCAGCGCACCCUGGCGGCCGACGGUGACCGUGGUGGCCGUGGUGGCCGUGGUGGCCGUGGGGCCUUCGUGACGCCGGGCGGGGCGGCGGUGCACCUGGUGUCCAUGGUGACGUCGGCAGCGCUGAUCACAACCCUGCCGGCCUAUAGCUUGACCUCAUCGGGUCUGCUGGUGACCAUCCUGGUCCUGAUAACCUCGUGGGGGAAAAUGGGCCGGAGCGUUGCAGCGGCGCGGCGCCAAGCAUCCCUGCUGGCGCAGCAGCAGCGGCAAAACAACCAGCAGCACAGACGCGUGGAGGAAAAGGCUUUGAAGACUGUGGAGGUUCGUGCAGAGCUGGCGGCCAAGCGUGUGCAGCUUCAGGGACUGCUGAAGCUCAAGGAGGCCUGUGACCAGGAGAAGAAUGCCAUGGAGUCCGCCCGCCUUCGGCAGGUGGAGAUGGGGGAACCGGUGGAAGAUGAAGCACGUCGUUGCGCAGCAGAAGCGCUGGAGGCGGAACGACAGAAGCAGGAGGCCUUGAGAUGUUUGGAGGCGUGUCGACAGCGCAAGGCGUGGCAAUCCCUGAAGGCCGAAGAGGCUGCAAUGCGGCAGAAGCAGCGGCAGGAGGUGAAGGCUGUGGAGCGUCGCCGCGCACAGCGCGCGGCCUCCCUGGGCCGCGCCACAAAGGAAGCGGAGAAGCUGGUUGAGAAGCGAUGGGAGGGUGAGAAGGUGCUGAAGACUGACAUCUCAGGGCUGCAGCAGCUCUCCAAGACCUGCGUUCAGGUGCUCCACGAGGUGACGCUGGAGGCUGAAGAACAGCCGCGGCGCCGCCCCGCGCCAGAGCCCAGCCCGGCGCAGCGGGAAGCAGCCAAAAGCCGAGGCCGUACGGCGCAGCGGCAACUUCGAGCAGAGAGGGAAGAGAAGGAUGCGGAACGAGAAAGGCUGGCAAAGGAGAAGAAGGAGCGUCAGGACAAGGCCGCUGCAGUGGCUGCGCGGGCGCGGCUCGUGCCUGCUUCGUGGACGGAUGAGCUGUUGCCAUGGCGCAUACUCAACACUUCAAAGGCUGCUGAGCAGCAGCUCUCCGACAUCCUGGCACCAGAUCCAUCAGUAUUCGCCCUGCGCUGGGUGGCGCCGGCGCGGGCGCGCUCGCAACCGGUGAGGAAAAGGACGGAACGAUGCUCGUCCAAGAGGCCAAAGACGCCAGUGGAGGAGAUUCAGCCGUCCACUGUGACGUGGCUGGGGCCGGCCACAGUGUGGCCCACUGUUGGAGUGGCGGAGGAGGAAGUGAUGGAGGAGCAGCCCUCGGAUGUCCAGUGCAAGGCUGAAGCGUCGUUACCAGAGGCGGAUGCCAAAGGGCUAGAGAUGGAAAUGGAGCAAAAUGAAACGCCAGCAAGUUCUGCCAGCUCCAUGCGACCAUCAACAAGCUCCACGGCGCAGUGUCAGGAUGCCACUCCUGUCCAUCCUCAAACGGCCGAAAAGCGCAUCCUUUUGCCAGCCCCGCGGCCCAGCAGGCAACCAAAGAAGUUGGGAGAGGAGGACCUGGCUCUGCGGCUGGAUGACAUUUGUCGAGAGUUGGAGGAGGUCGGGCUAUGCGCUUGGGAGGCAGACGACGAUAUCGUUUAG